GCAUGUGGAUGACGACAUCCAGUCACAUAAUCAGGCAACAUGGCGGCAUCCAUGAGACUGCUGGUCCGCCGAGCGGUCCGUCUUUCUCACAGAAAUAUCACCCUGACUGCCGCGGGAGCUGCAGCUCGGUCCGGCUGCUGUCGGGGACCAUCGGUCUGUCGAUGUUUCAGCGACGAAGCCGAGGACAGAAGUACACAUUUUGGCUUCGAGACGGUUUCCGAGACGGAGAAAGCGAAGAGAGUGUAUAAAGUGUUUGAGAACGUGGCGCAGAAGUAUGACAUCAUGAACGACGCCAUGAGUCUGGGGAUUCAUCGAGUGUGGAAGGACGCGCUGCUGCACGUCAUGCAUCCUCAGCCUGGAGCUCAGCUGCUGGACGUGGCGGGUGGAACAGGUGACAUUGCCUUCCGUUUCCUGGAGUACAUUCGUUUGCAAGAAGAGCGUCAGAAGCGGCGGGCGGCUCGGUCCAGCCAGACGCCGUCGUGGCAGGACAUCUCCAACAACUAUUCCACCGAGGACGAGUCCCGAGAGUCGAGGGCCGUGGUGUGCGACAUCAACAAGGAGAUGCUGAAAGUGGGCAAGCAGAAAGCCGACAGUCUGGGCGUCAGCGCUGGGCUGUCCUGGGUGGUGGGAGAUGCAGAGGAGUUGCCCUUUGAUGAUGAUCAGUUUGAUAUUUAUACCAUCGCAUUCGGCAUUCGAAACGUCACUCAUAUAGAUCAGGCUCUGCAGGAAGCUCUGCGGGUCCUGAAGCCCGGCGGCAGGUUCAUGUGCUUAGAGUUCAGCAAAGUGAAUAAUCCUAUACUGUCAAGCAUUUAUGAUGCAUACAGUUUCCAGAUGAUCCCAGUUAUAGGAGAAGUGAUUGCAGGAGACUGGAAGUCCUAUCAGUAUUUGGUAGAGAGCAUCCGCAAGUUUCCCAACCAGGAGGAGUUCAAAGGCAUGAUCGAAGAUGCAGGUUUCUACUGUGUGAAGUACUACAACCUCACUGGUGGAGUGGUGGCUCUUCACUCUGGCUUCAAGCUGUGAGAUGCACUCAGAAUGCCUCCUACAAAAAUCAGCGAGUAAAAAAGCCGGCUCUGCGUUUCAGGCUUUUCUGCUUGUAUGAGAGACUGUUUGCAGACAUGAAGCUGCUCAGAGCUGCUCUCUGCAGAUGCCACUGCACAAUGACAGAAAAUCAUCAGUGAGCAUUAUUUAUUAUGAUAUCUGAUCAGCGAUCAUCAUGAAAGAUGCACUUGAUGUUGACAUGAGCUGAAAAAACAGUAAAGUAAAAGAGUUUUCACUCUGUCUACUGUUUGAAUAUUUUUUGUAACACCAGUGUUUUGGCAUUGUGAUAAUUAAAUGUGCAAAUGCUAA